AGUUUACAGAUCUUAAGUUUGCGAUAGCAUUGUUCUUAAGAAAUGCUAACAUUUUACUUAUCAUUGAAAAUUGUUUUGGUAUAGUUGUUUCUUUUCAUUCACUGUUCAUGUUAAGUAUAUGGUAAAAAUAUGAGAAAUAUAAAUUUAAGUUUACCAUACUUAAUUUAAGAUCUGUAGAAUCUCAACUCACUAAGUAGUGUAGUGGGAGAAAAAGGCCAUCCAAUAUCAUAUAUGUGCUAUGUAAAACUUCACAGGCCUAACUGGAUGUUAUCGAUCGCACAUAUAUGUUAGCGAUGGAUCGGUAACCUGAGGGGAUGGAUAAUUCUCCUUUGAAUCAGGGAGAAAGUUCGUUUUCAGUGUUGUUGAAUUGAUCAAAUCAAAUCAUCACAAGUAUGCAAAUCUCACCUCCAACAACACCCUGCAAAUAAGGAAACAGUUCUUGGAGAGUGACUGUGAUCUCAUCAAAUGUUGAUUUGUGCCCAUCGAGAGCAGCGACGGGCAGAGUCUUUUCAACGUGGAGGAAGGCUAGAAGAGGCUGCUGAGUGUCAUGGCAGAGCUGCUGAGCUGUUGAAAGCAGCAUUAAGCCUAACCAAAAACAAUCUUGCCCUCCAGAGCAUUACUCUGCAGUAUGAUCACCACCUGCGACAGCAUCAACUCCUUAGGUUCCGCAACAAGCAGUUGGAAAAGUACGUGAAAGCAAUGGAGAACCAACGUGUCAAGAUUGGGAGUGUGAGUGGAAGCAGUGGCUCAGGCUCAGGCUCUGGUUCAGGACUAGGUUCAGGCUCAGGGAGUCGUGAACUACCCAGCUCUCUUGUGUCUAACUUUGGCAAGAAGGCUCAUACAAUAUCAAUGGAAAUGGCAAAGUAUUCAGAAAAGUUUGAUUCUAUACUUUAUCAACUAACUGUGGAAGAAAAUGAAAUCAAGAGCCAACAGGGACUGUCAAACUUUUCUCGUGAAUCUCAAGAGAUGGCUGCUCCCUUUGAGAAAUUAGCAACAUCAGCAGCAGUAGGUGGUGCAAAAGAGUUGGCAGCUGUGGUGGAGGAGUUGCGAUCACUGCAUGAUCACCAGACUGAUCUUGUAACACAACUUCUAAGUGAACUCUCCUCUGCUGAAAAAGAAAAUUCACUCCUUAAGGCUCAGGUCCGGGAGCUGCAGGCUCGGUGUGAAGGCUAUGAAAGUGAACGGAGGAGACUGCGGGCUAUGGCAGACUCCAGUUGCUCACCUUUUGUGUUCUCACCACUGAGUGAAUUCUCUCCAGACCCUCCAGAUGUGCCUGAUCUGGCUCCUUUGGAGAUGCCUCCAUUGGACUUCUUAGACAACCAUGAGGCAGACUCUUAGUUAGAAAUUAGAUCAUAGACAGUAGAGUGCAAGAUUCUAGGAGUAUGCCAUGUAUUUUGUAUUUCAUUCCAGGAAAAGCAUCCAUUAUUCAUCAUCUAAAUAUAUACAACUUUUGUAUGAUAGUUUUACACUGACAAAAUCCAAAUUACCAUAAUUUUCUGAAGUAAUACUAUCAAUUAGUAUAUGUAUCACAUCAUGUAAGUAUUAUUAUUUUACAUAUAAAUGACUUUUCUCAUCAUUGAAAAACUUCUUCCAGUCUCUUUCAAGAGAUAAAACAAUAUAAAAAGUAUCCCAAAAUUGUAUGUUUGCAUUUAAUGGUACUGCUUUUGCACCAGUGUCAGUAAAAGGGAACAAAAGAAUCUUGGGUAUACAAUACAUUUUUUGUAUAACUCUUUAUUAGUCUCUCUCUCUCUCUCUCUCUCUCUCUCUCUCUCUCUCUCUCUCUCUCUCUCUCUCUCUCUCUCUCUCUCUCUCUCUCAACUGUUAAUAAUAUUUACUUAUAAGAUUUUAACAUUAUACAAAACAAGGUUUGCAUUAUUAUAAGUCUUCAUUCAUGUGCAUGCAAUUUGGCAAUUCUAAGGAUAUGAGUCAUAUUUCCCUGUAUUUAGCUAGUUGUAUUUACCUAGUUGUAUUGUACAGGGUUCGAGCGGGGCUCAUAGUGUCCUGUCUCCAUGUCUCCAUUUGUCCAAUUUUUCCUUAAAGUUAUGCACAUUAUGUUUUGUAACAACUUCAUUAUUCAAUUCAUUCCAUUUUUCCACUGUUCUGUGUGGAAAACUGUAUUUUCUAAUGUCCACACAUUGCCUCAUCCUGAUCUUUACAUGUCCUCUUGUCCUUCUAUCUUCUGUCACCAGCACCAGGUCUUUCUUGGUUAUCUUUUCAAUGCCAUUGACUAUCUUGUACAUUGUUAUUAGGUCUCCUCAUUCUCUUCUAUCUUGUAAGGUUGGCAGUUCCAUUUCCUUCAGCCAUUCUUCAUAUGUUAGGUCCUUUAGUUCUGGCACCAUAUUUGUAGCAAUCUUCAUUAUCUGUUUUAAUCUUAUAUGUUUUUUUUAGAGCUCUUAUUACCACACCAGAGCUACAUAUUCCAGCUUUGGAUAUAUCAUGCUUGUGAUAAUUUUUUUCAUCAUAUUUUUGUCCAUGAAUUGAAAUACCAUUCUUAUAUUA